AACAAAUGUGGCAUUAUAAAAAGGACUGAAAGCAGCGACGAGGACACACACUUCAAGGGGAAAGACCGAAUGAACUGCACGCACAUUUGAAUGUAGCUUUCUGUCCCGGAGAAACGCCACUUGCACUGUGAGGCGACGGCAGACAGGCAUCUUCCGAGUCUCAAAGUUGCACAUUUAACGCUGUCUGGAGCAACGCGUCAGCCGCACUGGGACGACAACAUGAAGGUGACAGCGCUGCUCAUCGUUUGCUCCUGUCUGAUUUCGGGGAGUUUCGGGAAGCCGCAAUUCCCUGAACAAGAGAAGGAUCCCAAGUUUUGGAAUACGUGGGCCCAGCGGACUCUGAAGAGCGCUCUGACGCUGCAAAAUCUCAACAUAAACAAAGCGAAGAAUCUCAUCCUCUUCCUCGGAGAUGGGAUGGGCGUUCCCACGGUGACAGCUGCUCGAAUACUGAAGGGUCAGCUGAACGGACAGAGUGGAGAAGAGACGCAGCUGGAGAUGGACAAGUUCCCCUUUGUGUCUUUGGCCAAGACAUACAACACUAACGCUCAGGUGCCAGACAGCGCCGGCACCGCCACAGCUUACCUCUGCGGGGUCAAGGCCAACGAGGGCACGGUGGGCAUGAGUGCAGCUGCUGUCCGAUCCCAAUGUAACACCACACAGGGCAACGAGGUCACCUCCAUCCUCAGAUGGGCUAAGGAAGCAGGCAAGUCAGUGGGAAUAGUGACGACGACCCGAGUCAACCAUGCGACUCCCAGUGCUGCGUACGCCCACUGCGUGGACAGAGACUGGUACUCCGACAGUGACUUGCCAGCUGAAGCACUGAAGAACGGCUGCAAAGAUAUCGCCAGACAACUCUUUGAAAACAUUCCCAACAUUGAUGUGAUUCUGGGUGGUGGGAGGAAGUAUAUGUUCCCCAAAAACCAAUCGGAUGUAGAGUACCCCGGCGUUGCGAAGCACAGUGGCACACGAAAAGACGGAAGAAACCUGGUGCAGGAGUGGAUUGACAAAAUGAAGGACAAAAAAGGUCAUUAUGUAUGGAACAAGAAGCAACUCUUAUCACUGAACCCUAAUAGCGUGGAUUACUUAUUGGGUCUCUUUGAACCUGCCGAUUUGCUGUACGACUUGGAGAGGAACAGUGAUACUGAUCCCUCGCUGACAGAGAUGGUGGAUGUGGCCAUCAAGGUCCUGAGGAAGAACCCCAAUGGAUUUUACCUGCUUGUCGAAGGAGGACGCAUUGAUCACGGACACCACGAGGGCAAGGCCAAGCAGGCUCUUCAUGAAACUGUGGAAAUGGACAGGGCCAUCGGUCUGGCAGGCCUCCUGACCAACGUCCAUGACACACUGACAAUAGUUACUGCUGAUCAUUCUCAUGUGUUCAACUUCGGGGGCUACACAGUCAGAGGAAACACAAUAUUUGGUCUGGCCCCAAAGCUGAGUGACGUUGACCAGAAGCCCUUCACCUCCAUCAUAUAUGGGAACGGACCAGGUUACAAACAUGUUAACGGCGCCAGGGAGAAUGUCUCCACUGUUGACUACCAGGAAAACAACUACCAGGCCCAGGCAGCUGUACCUCUGAGCAUGGAGACUCAUGGAGGAGAAGAUGUGGCUGUGUUUGCUAAAGGCCCCCUGGCUCACCUGCUGCAUGGGGUCCACGAGCAGAACUACAUCCCCCACGUGAUGGCGUACGCAGCCUGUAUCGGCCAGAACAGGGAUCACUGUUUCUCACUCAGCGGGUCUGCCGGUUUACGCCCCGUCCUCUCCAGCAUGGCAGCCCUUCUCACAGUCACCCGAAUUCUGUGCUAACCUCCCCCUGAUAGUCUAUUAAUAACACUAUAUACAUUUUAAGAUUUCAACUUGUUGUUGUUUUUUUGUAUUUUCUAAUUGUACUCGAAGCUAUCUUGAUCAUAGGACCACUGUUUCUGUUUUUGUUAUGAAAAUGAAUUGAGAAAAGCAUAGGGAUGUCGGUUUUAGGCAGUUCAGGCAAAUAUGUAAAAAGACACAAAAUAAUUGAUCCCCCUUGAUGCACUGAAAUGAAAAGUGGUGUUGCAGAGAUCACUACAAAAUCAGAGAUCUCAGUUGUGAUUUGUCUAUUGAAUAAUUUGUUUUUGUUCAGGGUUUUAUGAACCAAUUAAGUCUCCUUGUAAAAUGUAAACUCUUUAGGUUAGAUUGAAUUUGCAAAUAUUGAAUAUGUUUAAUAUUUUAAAUGUGCAGAUAACAUAAUCUACCUCAUAAACCUGCAAAAGAUCUCUCAUGUAAUGAUGGUGCGUUCAAAAAGGGCACAAUUCGAUGGACAAAAUGUAUGCCGGAACCAGAGGCAAGAGUAAAAAGGAAUAUAUUUCUUGUCAUACAUCGUGUGCAUACAGAGAAAGCCCACCUACCAUUGUUGUGUCCAAUAACAGAAGUUGUAAAACCUCUUAACCAAUAAAAUAAAUGUGUUCUGAUCAUC